UUGUACUUUUGUAGACACCUGGAGCGUGACGUCCUCGCCAGAAAGCUGUAAACGAGGAAGAGAAUCGAAGCUCCGAGCGAGCAGAGAUACAUUUUAUGCUGAUUAAAAGUAAAUUCGGCUGAGUUAAAGUUUUGUUUUUACGCGUUUUUUAUUUAACUUCCGCAAAUGAAUUAGCAAAAAUUCCGUCAUGUUGAAAACGUCUCAUAGUCAUAAACACUUUUAACAGUGUGUAGAAUGGACCACAAACAUAGACAGAUUCUUCAGCUGUAUAGGCAAGAUCUAGUCACGAGAUUAAAUCCUGCAGACAUCUGCGAUGGGUUUUUGUCAAAGGGGGUCUUCACCCAGGACAUGAUCGAUGAAAUACAGAGCGAGAUAACAAGACGUGACCAAGCCAGGCAACUGUUGAUAAUCUUAGAGACGAGAGGGAAUCAGGCUUUCCCAGCGUUCCUGCAGUGCCUGCAUGAAACCGGCCAACAUGACCUCGCAGAGCUCCUUCAGAGUGGAGAUGGUGCUCAUCUGCCCUCUUCCGUCCCUGAACAGCCUUCAGUGAUCCCUCUGCCAGUCCAGAAUCCAAAAUAUUCAGAAAAAACAGACAGAUUUGAUUUUACUCCUCCACGGUUAGUACCACUGAGACAAGAAAGCCUGCCUGUGCCAAAGCCUCUCAGCACAUCUUCUGAAACUGGGGUGAGACCAACCAGGUCCAGACGUGACCGUAUAGAGUGCUAUAAGAUGGAUGCCAGUCCAUGUGGGAUCUGCCUGAUUAUAAACAAUUUCAAGUUUGACCCAGCCUCUGAUCUGAAAGAUCGAAAUGGGUCCAACAUUGACUGCGACAAGAUGGAGAAAAUAUUUAAGGCUCUCAACUUUGAGGUUAUUGUAAAAAGGAACUUGAAAUACAAAAACAUAAAACAAGAGAUGUCAUUCUUAGCAAAGAGGGAUCAUUCUGCGUAUGACUGCAGUGUGGUGAUCAUACUUUCACAUGGUACUGAGGCAAACCACACUCAUUUUCCUGGAGCAGUGCAUGGUGUUGAUGGACCAUCUGUCCCAGUUCAGUUAAUCACAAACUACCUCAGCGGCCAGAACUGUCCUUCUCUGCAGGGCAAGCCCAAGCUGUUCUUCAUCCAGGCCUGUGGAGGAGGUAAGAAGGAUACAGGGUUUGAGGUUCCUCCGGAUGAAAAGGAGCACUCUUCUAUUCCCAUAUCCUCCCGCACGCCUGAUGAAUUGGAUGCUCGGGCCACUUUGCCCACACUCAGCGACAUCCUGGUGUCCUACUCUACCUUUCCAGGCUAUGUCUCCUGGAGGGACACACAGGCCGGAUCCUUUUAUGUGGAGAAUCUUGAUCGUGUGCUUGAGGAGAAUGCUGCCACGGAAGAUCUGGUGACCAUGCUGACGAUGGUAAAUGAUGCGGUCUCCCAAAUAUCUGCCAAAGGCUUAUAUAAACAGAUGCCCGGAUUUUUCAGCGUCCUCCGAAAACUUCUCUAUUUUCAGUCUUCGCAGUCAUGAUCACUUGAAGAUUUUUUGUUUGUUUGUUUGUUUGUUUUGCUGCAGUAGGCACACUACCAUGUACUUAAUAUAAUGUGAUUAAGACAUUUGUAAUUUUUUAUGUCUUAAACUGAACCAUGUGAUCACAGCAUUAACUAACUUGAGUUUUUGUUUUUAACAUAAUUCUAUUUUUAGAAUUUUAAAUAAUAAUAAUAAUUCAUUACAUUUAUAAAGCACUUUUCUAGGGACUCAAGGCACUUUUACAUUGUGAGGGGGGAUCUCCUCAUCCACCACCAGUGUGCAGGAACCACCUGACAGAACGCCAACUUUUAUCUUCACUGUAUUUAUAAUGAAAUUAAAUACGACCAUCACAACUCCAA